CGCUCCGCCCGCGCCGCGCACCGAGCGCCGCACCGAGCACCGCACCGGCAGCCGCGGCCGCUCGGGGGACACCCGGGCACGCUUCGCCCCUCGGCCCCCGCGCUCAGGAGGCACCUCGGCGUUGAGAAGCAGCGGCUCCUCUCCCGCCGCAACGGGACCCAAAGAUGAAGUGGCUAUCUGUCCUGCCCCAGCAGUGUCUUUUGCUGAUGACAUGUCUCGUGAUGGCCUUGGAAGCUGUACCUAUAGACAUAGAUAAGACAAAAGUCAAAGGAGAAGGCCACGUAGAAGGAGAGAAGGUAGAAAAUCCAGUUUUUUUGAAGGAUACAGGACUUUAUUAUGAUGAAUAUCUCAGGCAAGUGAUAGAUGUCUUGGAAACUGAUAAACAUUUCAGGGAGAAACUCCAGACUGCUGACAUAGAGGAAAUAAAGAGCGGAAAGCUAAGCAGAGAGCUUGAUUUAGUAAGCCACCAUGUGAGAACACGGCUGGAUGAACUAAAACGACAAGAGGUGGCAAGAUUAAGAAUGUUAAUUAAAGCUAAAAUGGAUUCUGUUCAAGACACUGGCAUAGACCAUCAGGCUCUCCUUAAGCAGUUUGAGCACCUGAACCAUCAGAAUCCUGACACCUUUGAACCUAAAGACUUAGAUAUGCUGAUCAAAGCAGCUACAAGUGACCUGGAAAACUAUGAUAAGACCCGCCAUGAGGAGUUUAAGAAAUAUGAGAUGAUGAAAGAACAUGAGAGGAGAGAGUAUUUAAAAACAUUGGAUGAAGAAAAGAGGAAGCGAGAAGAAUCCAAAUUUGAGGAGAUGAAGAAAAAACACGGAGAUCACCCUAAAGUUCACCAUCCUGGAAGCAAAGAUCAACUGAAAGAGGUGUGGGAAGAAGCAGAUGGACUAGAUCCUAAUGAAUUUGACCCCAAAACAUUUUUCAAAUUGCACGAUGUCAAUAAUGAUGGUUUCCUGGAUGAGCAAGAAUUAGAAGCCCUAUUUACUAAAGAGCUAGAAAAAGUUUAUGAUCCCAAGAAUGAAGAGGAUGACAUGGUUGAAAUGGAAGAAGAAAGGCUGAGAAUGAGAGAACAUGUAAUGAAUGAGGUUGACAUCAACAAGGACCGACUAGUGACUUUGGAAGAGUUCCUCAGAGCUACAGAGAAAAAAGAAUUUUUGGAGCCAGACAGCUGGGAGACACUAGAUCAACAGCAGCUCUUCACUGAGGAUGAGCUGAAGGAAUUUGAAAAUCAUAUUUCCCAGCAGGAAGAUGAACUUAGAAAGAAGGCAGAAGAACUUCAGAAACAGAAGGAAGAACUACAGAGGCAGCAUGACCAGCUUCAGGCUCAGAAACAAGAGCUUCAGCAGGUCGUAAAACAGAUGGAACAGAAGAAACUACAGCAAGGAAAUCCUCCUGCAGGACCAGCUGGAGAACUGAAAUUCCAACCUCCUGGGGAACACAAAGUUGGAGAUGCAGCAAAACAUCCGGCAGGAGGUGAUCAGCCUUUACCACCAGGACAUGUCCAAGAACCAGCUGUUAGAACUGAUCAAGUUCACCCUUAACCACUUGUGCCUCAA